AUGUUAUAUCGCUUCUGGGCCUUUUGGCUAAGAUCAAGCACAGAAAUGUUUUGCUUCCUGAGACCUGUGAGGAGGUUAUGUCUGGAGAAGGUGUCUUCAUGCUGGUUUUUCUGCUCAAGAGCAUUCUCUGGGGCUGAAGCAGUCAAUGCCUUGAGGCCGUUCUAUUUUGCAGUGCAUCCAGAUUUCUUUGGACAGCACCCCAGAGAAAGGGAAGUCAAUGAAAAUUCUCUUCAGAGAUUAAGUGUCUAUUUAGAAAACCUUCAGAAACCAGGCUUCAAGUCUUUGAAACCAACUCAGCUCACCUUCUAUGUAAGAGAAACAGACCAGAAUUCCUCUGAUGGCCAGGAACCCUUUAAUACUUUAGGAUUCCGAACAGUCAAAUUUACUUUGCACACCAGGGAUCUGCAAAGCACAGUAUUAUAUAUUCUCAACUCCUGCAGUUUAUCAGUUGAACAUGUCCAAAGCUUGAACAGCAAUGUGCGUCCCCAGCCCCCCAAAGAGGCGAAGAGGAUGACGGACAGGCCCAUCAAAUGGGACAAGUCUUACUACUCCUUUACUGGAUUCAAAGACCCAGAUGAAGACCUUGAGCAUGUCUCAAAAAUGGAAACAACCCUAGCAUCCUGGUUAGAUAGCAACGGGAAACGCGCUAUUAAAAAGCUGGAGAAUAGUUUGCCACUUAGAAAAGAACUAGAUCGUUUAAAAGAUGAACUGUCUCAUCAGUUGCAGCUCUCAGAUAUCAGGUGGCAGCGGAGCUGGGGCCUCGCCCAUCGCUGUAGCCAGCUGCAUAGCUUAGGCCGCUUAGCACAGCAGAACUUGGAAACACUUAAAAAUGCAAAAGGAUGUACAGUAAUAUUUACAGACCGUUCCGGGAUCAGUGCAGUGGGCCACGUGAUGCUGGGAACAAUGGAUGUCCAUCAUCACUGGAGUAAGCUUUUUGAAAGGUUGCCAAGUUACUUUGACCUCCAGAGGAGGCUAAUGCUCCUGGAAGACCAAAUAAGCCGCCUUCUGGGGGACAUCCAGGUGGUGUAUAUUGAGGAGCUGCAGCCAGUGCUGACGCUGGACGAGUAUUACUCUCUUCUCGACGUGUUCUACAAGAGGUUGUUGAAAAAGAGAGUCCCUUUCCACCCGCAAAGUCUGCGUGGCUUACAGAUGAUCCUCAACAGUGACAGAUACGCUCCAAGUUUGCAUGAACUCGGGCAUUUUAACAUCCCCACGCUCUGCGACCCAGUCAACCUGCAGUGGUUCUUUCUCACCAAAGCCCAGCAGGCGAGAGAGAACAUGAAGAGGAAAGACGAGUUAAAGGUUAUGGAAGAUGAGUUGAUACAGGCUUCAACCAAGAAAUUUUCCCUGGAAAAGUUCUAUAAGGAGCCCAGCGUUUCCAGUAAGCAGAUGGUGGAUUGCUGUAAGAGACUCCUGGGGCAGUCACUGCCCUACUUACAAGGAAUGCACCUCUGCGUCUCACACUUUUACUCCGUCAUGCAAGACGGAGACCUCUGUAUUCCUUGGAAUUGGAAAAAUGGAGACACCAUGAAGUGA